UCUCUCGCGCCCCCCUGUAAAUACUCUCUCUCUUUCUCUCUCUAAAAUCUAUUUCUGUCAAUGAUUCUCUUACAUGCGUCUUCGCUGAAAUCCAGGUUGUUGGCGUGCUACUCUGAUUCACUGCUGCCUCGAUAGAGGCUUAUCUCCCUGCAAUUCUAUGCAAAGAAAAAGCUGAAGCCACGUCUGUACUCUGUAGUAAUGGGAACCUCAAGCUCUAAAAUGGAGGAUGAUAAGGCACUGCAGCUCUGCCGUGAAAGGAAGAAGUUUGUUAGGCAAGCACUUGAUGGCCGAUGCUCAUUAGCAGCUGCUCAUGUUUCGUAUGUCCAGUCACUGAAAAAUACUGGAACGGCUUUGAGAAAAUUCACUGAACCUGAAGCACCAAUUGAGUCUUCAUUAUACACUUCCACUAAUGCAACACCAGAGCCACUUGCAUUAACUGAGAAGACCUUGUCCCACCUCUCAUUCUCUUCACCAUCUGCGUCACAGCGAAUAGAUGCAGCUGAAACCUUCUCUCCAGUGCCCUCUCCUCCUAUCUCUAGUAAAUUCCAGGCAAAUCAUAUGAAAUUUGGCAGCAGCUCUUCUAAAAAAGUUGAAGAAAAACCACCUGAACCCAUAAUAGGUGUAGUAGCGUCAUCAGGUACUCCACAAAGUGCCACGCCACGUUCUACUGGCAGGGCAGAUGUGUCAGCAUUUGAAGAUUCUUCUCUUCCUGCUGCAGAUUCACCAUGGGAUUUCUUUGGUCUUUACCAUCCUAUUGACCACCAAUUUUCUUUUCAAGAAGGGAAAGCCAUGUACCAAGAUAUGGGGAAUGCUGAUGAUAUAACACGACUAAGGGAAGAGGAAGGAAUUCCUGAGUUGGAAGACGAUGAAGAGAAGAUCUCUUGCCAUGGAAGGGAAGACUCUGAGGAAUCUGAAGAUGAGUUUGAUGAGGAGCCUGCCACAGAUACCUUAGUUCGAAGAUUUGAAAAUCUUAAUAAUAGAGUUGGUGACAAUGUAGAUGAUGAUACUGUACCCACCACAGUCAAGCCUGUGACCAGGGACCAACUUUCUGAAGAACAUGCAAAUGGAGAGAAGAGCAAUUCUGCUAGUGUAUCACCAUUGAAGGCAACAUCCACUGAGGCUAUCCUUACUAAGGCAAUACAUAAAACAGUGGAAAAAGAAAAUCACAAUGAAGAUAAAGUUGCUCCUAAGGAUUUCUUUUCAAGCAUGAAAGAAAUUGAAAUCCUGUUUGUAAGGGCUUCUGAAUCUGGUAAAGAAGUUCCAAGAAUGCUUGAAGCAAAUAAGUUGCAUUUUCGUCCAAUGUUCCCUGCAAAAGAAAAUGGUUCUGUGACAUCUUCAUUUUGGAAGGCAUGUUUCUUGUGUGGUGAAGACCCAAGUCAAAUUACAGAAGAACCUGCUCAAAACUCGGUUAAGUACUUAACAUGGCAUAGGACGACAUCAUCUAGAUCCUCUUCAUCUAGGAAUCCUUUAGGAGCAAACUCAAAAGAUGAUAUGGAGGACGUCACAAGUAAUCUCUUUGAUAAUUUUUGUAUGAAUUCUGGAAGUCACGCGUCAACCUUGGAUAGACUAUAUGCAUGGGAAAGGAAGCUUUUUGACGAAGUGAAGGCGAGUGGGUUGGUGAGAAAGGAAUAUGACAUGAAGUGCAAAACCUUGAGACACAUGGAAUCAAAAGGAGAAAAGACUGCUACAAUUGAUAAAACGCGUGCUACAGUCAAGGAUCUACAUUCAAGAAUUAGAGUUGCAAUUCACCGGAUAGACUCUAUAUCAAAGAGGAUUGAGGAACUAAGGGACAAAGAGCUUCAGCCACAACUUGAGGAGUUGAUUGAAGGGUUAAAUCGGAUGUGGGAAGUGAUGUUCGAAUGCCACAAGCGUCAGUUUCAGAUCAUAUCAGCAGCCUAUAACAAUAAUCAUGCUAGAACGACCAUGCAAUCUGAGUUACGGAGGCAGAUAACUGCCUAUCUUGAAAAUGAACUCCGCUCUCUGUCAUCAAGUUUUGCCAAGUGGAUUGAGGCUCAAAAGUCUUAUCUUGAGUCCAUAAAUGGAUGGCUUUGCAAAUGUGUUCUGCUUAAAGAAAAAUCAUCCAAGAGAAAAAGAAGGUAUCAAACUCCCCCACUGAGAAAGUUUGGCCCUCCUAUAUAUGCCACCUGUGGUUUCUGGCUUGAAAAGCUCAAGGAAUUACCUACCAAGGAUGUUACAGAUUCUAUAAAGAGUUUAGCGGGUGAAACUGCCCGGUUUUUGCCACGUCAGGAGAAGAACCAUAGAAAAGGAGUAAAUCAUCCUCAUACAACAACUUGGAAGGCUGAUAUUGGUAGUGAUUCUCAAGACAAUUUAUUAGGAGAUGAUGCUUCAGAGGACUGGGUAUCAGGUUUUGAUAGGUUUCGAGCAAGUUUGAUCAGAUUUCUUGGCCAGUUAAAUAAUUUUGCUGGGUGUUGUGUUAAGAUGCAUGCCGAACUUCAACAAGCGAUUCAUGAUGCUAAAAUUCAUUACGGUCGACUUAAUUCCAUGUCUCAAGAUGGCCAUUUGAAUUCUCAACCUCAAGACAACCAAUCGAAGGCACAAUCUGAAGCUGUCUAAUCACAAGAAAAAAUCUUUUAUGACAUGAGAAAACUUGCAUGACAAUUCUGUCGAACACGUGAAUGAACUUUACUUUCAGACGCCAGUCCAUUGGAGGUGGCAUUUUUACGUGGAGUGAUGGAAGGUAAGAAAUAAAGAUGCUGGUUGGGUUUGCUUGCUUUCCUCCCAUAACAAUAAAACGGAACCAAUAGAUACUGCAUUGAGGAGUUCAUGAUAGAUAAGAGUGAAGAGGCAUGCAUGCAAAGAGACAGAACUUGUAUAGUGCCAAUUUUGUAAAGAAUGAACUAUAAUAUCGCUAAGAUGCAUGUUUCAUCAAUUUGGUCUCCAGAAAAAUAAUUAUCAUUUAAUUUAUUUUCCUAUUUUGUGUGGGGAGAACAAAGGAGCUCAUCAAUAUAGUCAUGCUGUGAUUUAAAUGGACUGUUGACCAUAAUCAUAGCAAGACCAUAUUGAGUUUAUUUUAAAAAAUUUAGUCGUAUAUGAUGUUGCUUAUUUCUGAAAAUUAAAUUGAUGAAACAAGUUUCUUCUAGGCCUUCAAUGGUAGUUUAAUUCAUUUUGUAAACAGAGGAUGCUAGGCAGGACUUCCACUCAUUGUUUGUUCAUUCAUGUAUGUAUAUGCUUACAAACCACGGGGACUGGAAUUCCUUAAAUUUGCUCAGAUCUUAAUACAUUUUACAUUUCUGGUUCCU